UGCACGUGAAUAUACAACUUUAUUUUACUUGUUUUAUUAUUAUUAUUAUUAAAUAUACGUAUUUUUAGUAAAAUAUUAUAAAACGAUUCAACAAUGGCAGAUUUAUUUGGAAAUAACAACGAUAAUUUUGACUUAUCCGGGUCUGGGAAUUUGGAUAAACUUAAAGCCGAAGAAAUACAGAAAGUUAUAAUGGUGGAACAGCAAAAAGCCCAAUUAAAUGCUCAAGUAAAAUAAUAUUGCUUGAAAAACUUUAAUUACUCUUCCAACUAUUUCGUUACAUUUUCAGAUACAAGAAAUCAGUGAAAUAUGUUGGGAAAAGUGUGUAGAUAAACCUUCAUCCAAACUCGGAGGAAAAACUGAAGUAUGCCUUACAAAUUGCGUUAAAAGAUUUUUUGAUACUUCGGUCGUCAUCGCGCACAGAUUCAAUCAAAUGCUCCAAAAAUCCAGCUCUGGUCAACUAUAACUACAUUUUGGUUUUUAAGUAUUUAUGUUAUUUUAGUAGUCAUAUUUGAGCUAGACUGCAGCAAACGCGGUAUAAUGUUAUUAAGGAGUAAAGGCAUUUUCAAUAUAAUAAAAAUAUGUUAAAUAACUAGUCUGUACUCCGUGUUCAUUUACCUACCUAGCUUGAUACAGUCAAUUUAUUUUACUAUUAAUGUUCAAUAAUAUUCUUAUUAUAAAAUACAACAUUGUAUUAUUGUUUUUUAAUCAGACUGUUUUAAAUCCAAAUACCCAUUUACUAAAUUAUUCAAUAUUAUUAGUGUUGUUACGGCGCCCCAUAGCAGUGUUAACAUUAGAUAUAUCGAACAAUAUAUUUUUUUUUUUAUAGAAUAAACAAAUCAAAUCAUUGGUAGUAUACUAGUAGGUAAUUGUGGUUCUAAUAUUGUAUAAAGUUAUAUCCAUUGUUAUGAUAUUUUUUAUAGUAAUUCAUUUAUCAUAGAUAAACAAUAUAAUAAUAACAACAUUAUAUAAUAAUGAGCUUAAAGUUAAGCAGUUGUUGUUUUUUAAAUAUUGUAUAUAUUAUGAAACGGUACUGGUUUAUCGCCUCGCACAGCUGUCUAAAAAAUGUAUCACCCUGCCACUCGUGUUAAAAUUAUUUCAUGAAAGUUUAUAUGAGUUCAAGUUUGAAUAAUAUUUUUGAACUGCAAAAAUUGAAUAUCAGUAUUUUCAUUUAGUAUUUAUUUGAAUAAAUCUUAAGAAUUAAUUUUUAAAAAUCAAUAGAUAGAAGUGUACUUCAAAAUUGCAUUUAACCAUUAUCAGUUCCAAGUCAUUUUUAUCAAUAAAAUUGUAUGAUAAAACUAAAUUGUGUACCUGUAUAGUACCGUUUUUUUCCUGUACUUCAUGAGUAAAUAAUAGCUUAUUUGAUUUUAUAUUCCAUUCUAUUACUAUUAUAAAUCAAUAAUACGGGCGGGGUUAUAACAAACGUUAGUAGCGAGGCAAUACAUUUUUUAGACUGCCACACAGAGCAUUAACAAACCAGUACAUAUAUAACUUCUGAAGU